AUCAUAAAUUCCCAUCAAAUGUCUAAGCUAUGUGUUGCAGUGGUCAGCUAUCUGUUUACUCGAGCUUCUUACACUUGCUUUGAGUCUUUAGAGAUCAUCUUAAUCUGAGGAUGAGUGUUGAAGGCAAGCCUGCAUCACUUGGCCCAUGGGGAGGCCAGAGUGGUCAUGCCUGGGAUGAUGGAAUGUACACCACAGUAAAGCAAAUAAUUAUAGCCCAUGGUUCUGGAAUAGACUCCAUACAAAUUGAGUAUGACAAAAACGGUAGCUCGGUUUGGUCUGAAAAACGUGGAGGAAAGGGAGGCAAGAAGUUUGAUAAGGUCAAAUUUGAUUACCCACAUGAGUAUCUGAUUUCAGUAAAUGGAACCUACGGUAGCUUUGACGUCUGGGGAACUAUAUGUGUCCGAUCACUUACUUUCGAGAGUAACCGCAGAAAAUAUGGACCGUUUGGUGUUGAUUCAGGUACAUUCUUUGCAUUGCCAAAAUCAGGAUCGAAGAUUAUUGGGUUCCAUGGGAAGGCUGGUUGGUAUUUGGAUGCUAUUGGUGUUCACACUCAACCAAUUCCUAAAGAGAAUAAUCCUUCGUCGAAAAUCCUUUUGCACUCGCAUCAAAGUUUUUCUCAGGGUGAUAAGAAACAUGAGUACUCAGUGCUACAAGGAAGUGUAGGGCAAAACUUUGAUAUAGUUGUUACCCUCAGAAAGAAAGAUCCAACUUUGCCUUCUUUUGAGUCCCGAGAUUCCGCAGGAGCCGAGGUCACCAAACAUAAGUUGGUGACAGAUACUGAGAAGUCACAGUCAAAAAUUGAAGGUGGCGCGAAAACAUAUGGACCAUGGGGCGGAACCGGUGGAAUCAUGUUUGACGAUGGGAUUUAUACCGGUAUUCGACAAAUCAAUUUGUCACGCAAUGUCGGGAUUGUGUCGAUGAAGGUCUGUUAUGAUUUUAGAGGACAAGCUGUGUGGGGAAGCAAACAUGGUGGCGUGGGAGGAUUCAAACAUGAUAAGAUUGUAUUUGACUACCCUUCAGAGGUUUUAACACAUGUAACGGGAACAUAUGGGCCGCUGAUGUAUAUGGGACCUAAUGUGAUAAAGUCACUGACUUUCCGCACCAACAGAGGAAAGCAUGGACCUUAUGGAGAAGAACAAGGACCGUCUUUUACACAUCAAAUGGACGAGGGUAAAGUUGUUGGAUUCCUUGGAAGAGAGGGUUUAUUUCUUGAUUCCAUAGGUGUUCAUGUUAUGGAAUGCAAAAUAAGUUCCCUUAAGCCAUCAUCUCCUCACAAUGCAAUUGUUCCUCAUAAUAACUCCGGCACUGCGCAAAUAGAAAAUUCCCCAUGGGCUAAUAAGCUAGUCCUUGCAGCAAACGGCCAUGGCGAAGAGGUUGAUCGUGGAGUCGUCAAAGAACCAACACCGAGCGGGCCUGGACCGUGGGGAGGUGACGGAGGUCAAGCUUGGGACGAUGGAGUAUUUUCAGGGAUCAAGCAGAUAUUUGUGACAAGAGGAAAUGAUGCUAUCACUUCAAUACAAAUUGAGUACGAUAGGAAUGGACAAUCUGUUUGGUCCAUUAAACAUGGUGGUGACAGCAAUGGAGUCGCUACACACAGAAUUAAAUUUGAGUAUCCAGAUGAAUCGAUCACCUGCAUUUCAGGGUAUUACGGACCUCUGAACAAUUCAGACCGAUAUAAUGUUGUCAAGUCUCUGAGUUUCUACACGAGCCGUGGGAGGUACGGGCCAUACGGUGAAGAAACCGGGACGUUUUUCACUUCGACUACAACACAAGGAAAAGUUUUGGGGUUCCAUGGAAGGAGUAGCUUUCACUUGGACGCCAUUGGAGUGCAUAUGCAGCAUUGGCUUGGCAACAAUAAGUCUUAUUACAGCAGGGCUAGUUGUUUCAAGCUCUUCUGAUAAUCUUCUCUGCGCAACAAGAAAACAUCUAACCUGGUUCCACCGACGCUUACAGUUAUCCUCUAAAGAGUUGCAAAUACAUAUUCAUGCUCCUAAACGCAUUGAAUUUACUUUCCAGUUAAAAACACUGUUUCUAUAAACAGAAUAAAUACGAAAACUCUAUAGAGAGUGUACUGUAAAAUGAAGUAAUAUUGGCAUUUCCUUGCUAAACUUUUGUUUAAUGAUCCGAAUU